AUGGCGCCCCCGCAGGUCCUCGCCUUCGGGCUCCUUUUGGCGACGGCGGCGGUGGCCACUGCUCAGAAAGAUUGUAUCUGUGAAAACUACAAGCUGACCACCAACUGCACUACGAACAGCAAUGGUGAAUGCCAGUGUAAUUCAUACGGGACCCAAAACACUGUGAUUUGCUCCAAAUUGGCUACCAAAUGUUUAGUGAUGAAGGCAGAAAUGACUGGCUCCAAGUCUGGCAGAAGAGCAAGACCAGAGGGGGCCCUGCAGAACAAUGAUGGGCUCUACGAUCCUGACUGUGAUGAGAAGGGGCUUUUUAAAGCUAAGCAGUGCAACGGCACCGCCACGUGCUGGUGUGUGAACACGGCCGGCGUCCGAAGGACUGACAAGGACACAGAAAUCACGUGCUCCGAGCGCGUGAGGACCUUUUGGAUCAUCAUUGAAUUAAAACAUAAAAGAGAAGAACCUUAUGAUAAAGCAAGCUUGCAGGCGGCUUUUGAGAAAGAACUCACAACUCGUUACCAGCUGAACCAAAAAUACAUCUCAGGUAUUGAGUACGGGAAUCCAAAUGGCGUUAUCAUUAUUAACUUGAUGCAGAAUUCUUCUCAGAAAAGUCAAGAUGAGGUGGACAUAGCCGAUGUGGCUUACUAUUUUGAAAAAGACGUGAAAGGUGAAUCCUUGUUUCAUUCCAGCAAAAUGGACCUGCGAAUAAACGGGGAACAACUGGAACUGGAUCCUGGUCAAACGUUAAUUUUUUACGUUGACGAAAAAGCGCCUGAAUUUUCUAUGCAAGGUCUGAAAGCGGGAAUCAUUGCUGUCAUUGUGGUUGUGGUCCUCGCAGUCAUCGCGGGAAUUGUCGUGCUGGUUAUUUCCAGCAGGAAGAGAACAGCAAAGUAUCAGAAGGCUGAGAUAAAGGAGAUGGGUGAGUUGCGUAGAGAGAACUAA